GAUUGGCACCUAUUACACCGUUGUGCUGAGCUUUAUCUUGCUCUCUCUGAGUCAUGGAGGUUGGUUUGAAUGGCAAGCGGAGCUUUAUAACAGCUCAAGAAACUGGAGCAAGUGACCAAGCCACAACACACUUUCUUCAGCUCCUGAAAAGGCAUCCCCAGCAGGUCUUCUCCUCAGACCCAUCAUCUACUCAACAUUGUUUCUUCAGUUGACUUUCUUGGGUCUCCUUGAUAUCCCCCAAGGAGUUUAGCUUGGAUAAAUAUCAACCUUAUCUCCAAUCUGCUUAUAAUAUGAGAAACAUACAGUUACUACUAUUCUUUUUUGGUGCUUUCCUGCUCCUAAAGCUUGGAGAAGCUGCAGUCAUCACUGGGGCUUGUGAAAGGGAUCACCAGUGUGGAGGAGGGAUGUGCUGCGCUGUCAGCCUCUGGAUAAGAAGCUUACGGAUGUGCACUCCUCUUGGCAAUGAAGGAGAUGACUGUCAUCCAUUAAGUCAUAAAACUCCAUUUUUUGGAAAAAGGAUGCAUCAUACUUGCCCAUGUCUGCCAAACCUGACCUGCACAAAACUGGAUGACACCACCUAUAAGUGUUUGCCAUUCCUAAAGAGCAACGAUAUUUAUUUUUAGAAGGUUCCAGCAAAUGUUAAUGAUGAAGAACCGUGAUUGUGAAAGAAUGAAUUCCUGGUGCCAAAAAAUUGUUUUGCAAACUUUUUUUUCUGUUGAAAGUGAUCCCCAUGUGUGACAACUGCCAUAAAGAGAAGCUGCCCCGGCUGCUUAUGACAGCUCAUCGAAAGCCCAGAAGUUAAGUUGUAACUUGUACUGGAAAAUAGAGUGAAGCCUAAUUGGUUUCUAUGGGUAUCAUGGCAGUACUUCCCCAACUCUGCAUCCAGUGAACUCAAUGGGCAUCAUUCUUUUCAGUAGAUGCCAGUGGUUCUCUAGCACUAAUGAUGGAAGAUUCCUGUUUAGGUGACCACACUCCUACAGGCCCUAUAUGUCCUAAUAAGAACUGUUUGGGGAUAUUUAUCAAAACCUGUGCAGAGGAAAAGUGGAACAGUUGCCCAUAACAACCAAUCAGAUUACUUAUUUAAUUUUUUAAAAGGCCUGUAAAAAAUAAAAGAAGCACAGGUUUCGAAAACUCUCUUCCAUAUGUUCAUUCAGUAAGGGUAGGGUCACACGCAGCACAUUCGCAGCGUAUUUCACACUGCGGAUGCGGCCGGCGCUGGCAGUCACAGAAUGUCUGCAGAGUGAGCUCCCAGCUGUGGCUGGGUAGCUCUGUGUGUCUGUUUGUAGCGGCGGACUUCCUGCUGGAAGUCACGAAUGGACAUAAAGAGCUACCUGGCUGCAGCUGGGAGCUCUCUCUGAGGUCACUCUGUGACUGCCCGCGGCACGUGUGCAGCGUGAAAUACACUGCGGAUGCACCGUGUGUGACCCUCUACCCUUACACUGUAUUUUUCCACAGUGGAAAAAUACAUCUUGCAAUACCUAGCAGAAAUUUCAAGGAUAGCCUCAGUUUUCUGCUCCCUACUUUGAUAAUUUGCACAACAUUUUUAAUAGCUAGCAAUGGAGCCAAUCGGCACCCUUUAUCUCUGACGCACAUUACCACCCCCCAAAAAAAUGUGCCAUGUCACUUAUUCUGGUGUGUUUAAAACGCAUGCACACAAAAAAUAAAAAAAAAAGUGCUGCAAUUUGCAGUGUGAGUUGCAAUGUCUACUGCUACCGAAAACAAUGGGUGUGCAUUGCUUGAGCUUCUGGAAUGCAUUUUAGCAGGUAAUAUGCACCAAAAUGCAUACUGGAAAUUGGUUAAACCUUGGAUCUUACAUAAUUACCAGAAAUAUAGGGCUAUAUUGAGAAGCAAAAUUCCUUUGGUACUAGAGAUUUAUGGUUAAAUCUGAUAUAGAGUUAUUUAUCAAUAUGGCCUGUUACUUAACCUGCCCAUACACAUGACAAUGAUCAGACCAUCUUUGUAUUGUGGCCCAUACGUGCCUUGAUGGCAGAUGUUUGAGUAGGUGACUUCAUCAUGCCUGAUACUUUGUCAUGCUGGGACACAAGCCGCUGCCAGAUUUUUCUAGCAGCAGGUUGCUUCUCUCUUUCCAACUGCACACUGCAGAAAUGGAAUAUUCCUCUGCGGAAAUUCAAAUUCCAAACUCUGCCAAAAGAAUGAUUAUGUUCAUUCAAGUGUUAUUUAUAACAUAUCAAAAGUAAUUUUAUUAGAUUGUGGAUCUAUCUGACAAAUUGUCAGACCAAUGGAACAGUCAAGCUUUUGACUUGACCCCUAAAGUACCGAUCCAUUUGCAAUAAAAAAAAAAAAACAGAAGCAUGUCCCUUUCAUGAUCAAUUUAAGGGUGUUGUCUGGAAUUAGAAGAAAAUGGUCUGCUUUUUUCCCAGAAACAUUACCACCCUUGUCGAUGGACCGUGUCUGGUAAUGCAUGUCAACUUUAUUUACUUAAAUGGGAAUAAACUUCAGUACUAGGCAUUACCUAUGGAGUGGUGCUGUUUCCUGGAAAAAAAAGUAGACAAUCCAUUUAAAAAGCUCCUAUAUUUCCAGCUCUUGAGAACUAUGGUUUACUGAAAAGUUAUGACCCUAUGAUAGUAGACAUCUGUGUAUCCCCCCCAUCCUCACCCUUUAGAUUAUAACAGUCUUUCCCUACCAAGGUGCCUUCAGCUGUUGAAAAACUACAACCCCCAGCAUGCUGUGAGUUGUAGUUUUGCACCACUGGAGGCACCCUGGUUGGGAAACACUGGAUUAACAGAAUGAAGUUUGCAUCAGUUUCUCCAUCCAUUAUCUUUUAUUUAUUAGGUCAUCUUAUAUUUACAUCCUCUCUGGUGCCAGAAAUGUAUAAUGUUGCACAUUUCUUGACUGAGUAGAUGUAACAAUUAUGAUAUCAAUGAUUGUGACAUAGUAUUUAUAUGUAAAUAGAAUGGAUAUUUUAUUUCAUUGUAGAUCACAUAUUAUAAUUUAUGAAUACAAUAAUUAUUUUACAUUGGUAAAUAUAUGUAUAAACCUACAGAAAUCCACCAUAUUCUGCUCUGUAUUUUGUCUUUGUACCCUCUGGAUGUAUACUGCGGUGUAAUAAUUCUGUAUCAGAAUAACAACAUCGUUUCUUGAA